GUUAGAAAGUAAAAACAAGGAGAGGAAGAGAAAAGGAUCUAAGAGGCUAAAUAUUCCUCAAACUACCAGCCAAAAAUGUAGAAAGCCAUUGGAGCUAACUUUGGAUUAAUCACCAUCCCUCCUUAUGUUGUCACUAUACUUGUGGCAGGUAGUGCCUCGCAAACCAGUCCACAUCAUCCACUAGUUCUUACAGAUUGGUCACACCUCUACCCUUCACAGAGCUCUCGUUCAUUUGAGUACCUCAAAAGUCUGGGAGAGGCAGAGACAGAGGGGUCGUGGAAUUGGUGCCAAUGUUGUCUAGAGUUAUUUUUCCAACACCGAAUCCUUUGUUCAUAACAAUAAUGUCCAUGACCAGUCUAUCAUUUUCGGUCAUUGGGUUAUUUGAGGGUUUGGGAAAGAACUUUAAGUACUCAAAAUUCAGUAACUUCAAUGUAGAGAAGUCUACAAGCAAGCAGAACAAUACCGUUUGUAGUAGAGAUGGCAUGCUUGUGGUUUACAUACCAGCUUUUCUUUCAGCUGUUGCUUUCUCUGGGCUGUUUCCAAAUGUUGGUCUCAGGUUCUUACUGGUCAAGUCAGCUCUAACCAUCCAUUUCUUCAAGAGGAUCCUUGAGCUUCCGAAUGUUGGCCUUAGGUCAUUGUUGGUCAAGCCAGCUCUAACUUUCAAUUUUUUCAAGAGAAUCCUUGAGGUACUAUUUGUUCACAAAUAUAGUGGCGGGAUGGCUGUUGACACUGUGAUUAUUAUCACUCUUGGUUAUUUCACAACUACCUCAAUCACAAUUUAUGCUCUAAGCCUAACACAAGGAUUUCCUGAGCCACCAGUGGAUUUGAAGUAUCCUGGCGUUGUGUUAUUUUUGGUGGGAAUUGUUGGCAACUUCUACCACCACCACCUCCUUUCCUCGCUGAGAACGAAGAAUGACAACGGAUACAAGGUUCCCAAGGGUGGUCUGUUUGGUCUGGUUACAUGCCCCCACUACUUCUUUGAGAUUUUAAUUUUCUUGGGAAUAUCUUUCAUCUCUCAAACGUUGUACACUUUUGCCUCAACCAUAAGCACAAUAUGCUACUUGAUGGGAAGGAGUUAUGCUACUAGGAGAUGGUAUCUUACCAAAUUUGAUGAUUUUCCCAAGGAUGUCAAAGCUAUCAUUCCUUACGUUUUUUGAAUGUUUCAAACAUAGAAUUUUGAGUUGUCAACAGGUUUCACUUUGGAACUGUGACUUCGUGAUCUAUGUCAACAAAGGAUGUCACCUGUGGAAGUUGUGUUCUAUGAAAAGAGAAGAAAAUGAUGUCACUUCUGACAAGUGAACCAUAAUAUUGGCCAUUGUAAUGUCUCAAUAUACCACCUGUUUCUUGCUCAA